AUGACCGAGAAGAAAAAGGAGUUUACUGACAACAUCAACCUUGGAGAGCUCCUGGACCACUUGACUAUGACGGAUGUCAUCGGGGUGAACCACAAAAACAUAUGGAAAGGAAAGACUCCAGAGGAUCAAAUUGAUUUCCUUAUUGAGAAGAUAUCUAACGAAGGACGUGCUGGUUUCAAAGCAAUGUUGCAGUACCUUUCCCAGAAAGAACCUGCUUUUGCAGAAACAUUGCUGGUGUCCCUGGGGAAGAAAAACAAGGAAUUGGAGGAAUGGAUUCGCAACGAAUUGAAGUUGGCACCCAAGGAAGAUGAAGAAUCUGUGGCGUCGUCUGCCAGAGGAACAAGUUCAACCUCAAUAUCUCCGAAGAAGCGUAAGAAGGAUGUUGCAUCGAAGGGUACAUCUAACUCCCAGAUGAAAGGCGGACCAAAGAAGAAAAGGCCUGCGAAGGGGGAUGUCAAUUCAGUGAACAAACAAGAUGAUUCACGGAGCUCAGGGAGAAGUGGUUCCAUAACUCCGAUGGCACGGAUCAAACGACUGAAAAAGAUUUUAUCUGAUGGCAGCAUUUUGAUCGAUAUGGACGACUUUCUCCAGGAACUCGGUGAAGAUGAUUUCAUCCCAAUGUCUCUGGAACAGGACAUAAGGAAGAGAGACAGCUAUGCAGAUAAAAUGAAUGAAGUAUUCGCGUUUCUCCUCCGAAAGAAAAAUCCCGAGACAACGUGCAAGAAAUUGCUCAACUCGCUUCAUGCAAUGGAAAGAGAUGACAUUAUCGAUAGGUGGGAAGAUAGAUCUUGACUGUGUUCUCUGCAAGAGAAAAUCACUAGCAUGUGUGCAUUCGAUAUGGAGAAUGUGAUUUGCUUCCCAAUGCUAGUGGCUGAAUAUGUUUUCUUUCUCGCAUAAAAUGUCGAUUCUUGCAUUUUCCACCAACAGUUUGCAAACAUUUAUGCAUAAAAU